AUGCGAGACUGCCGCACGCCCAGUAGUCGCUCGACACACCCGCCUUUGCUCGGCAUGCAUGCCUACUCGUCUGCGCCUCCGUCGCCGCCUUCGCGUCUCGGCGUGUCCAUGACUCUCGGAACCAACAUCGCGGACAACCCUUCGGACAAGGGCUGGACUGUGCGGAACGUCCGCACGUCCAGUAUCCACUGUCCAUCAUCGUCCAAUCUGGCUUCACCUCCGCCCUGGGUCUUCGAGUGCAGCAGUCGACUCCUUCGACCCUGCUCUCCACUCCCGUGUUCCGUGCACGCGCCUGCUCUCGGUGUCGACGCGGCGUCCCUCAGUCAUGAUCAUCGUGUCCUGUCGAGCUCGCCAAUGAGCAAGGAUGCUCCUUCUCGCUGUGUCUCUCCAUCCUCGCUCGGCUUGUCUACACCGACCCUCGUCGAAGGUAGUCUGCAAGACGAGUUCCAGGCCAUGUGGACUCUCCGCGCGCCUGGCAACUGCUCUGCAGCCUCCGACUUGAAGCCGGAAGUCAAGCCACCUCGAACCCUAGCCCUGGUUAAUAUCAAGUCAGCCUCGUCUUUGGCUUCAUCUAGGACCUUGCCCAACGUAUCCUCGCCUCCGCCACAUGCUCUGUCGACUAUGUCUCCAUGCCCUUUGCCAACACCUCCACUCUCGUCACCUCCACUCUCAGCUUUGGACAAUGAGGACGUGUGGAAUGUCCACGCUCCUUGUAGUCUGCCCCCAUUGAGUUCUGCCUCUGCACGCUACAAGCCACCCAAUUUCUUCUGA